AUGGCAGAUUUACACGUACAAGAUAUUACUGCAUUAAAUGUACGUCUUGACACCCUUAAGAAGAAACAACUCUAUGCAAUGCAAGAACUCUACAUGUAUAAUGAGGUUUAUUUGGUAGUGCUGCAAGCGGGGUUAACGUUAGCGUGGGUCAACUCGAAGAAGGUAAAAUGGGCUGCCAGAGUGCAGAACAUACUGGCACUGACUAAGGUAUUGGCACUCAUCAUGAUCAUCGUAAUUGGUAUGUACUAUCUUGUGUGGGGACGCACACGCAACUAUGAAGAUGUCAUGGCCGGCACUAACUGGGAUUCUGCCUUAAUAGCUACAGCUUUUUAUCAAACACUUUUUACCUACGGUGGUUGGGGAGGCACCAACGUGAUCUUAGAGGAAGUUAAAGACCCAGUAAGGAACGUGCCGAGGGCCAUUGCUAUCUCGCUCACCAGCGUCACAGUGAUAUAUGUCCUCACCAACAUCGCCUACUUCGCCGUGCUCACACCCAGCCAGAUGCUCUCCUCUGCUGCUGUGGCUGUGGUUUUCGGCAACCUAACAAUGGGUGUGAUGGCAUGGACGAUACCCUUCCUUGUGGCGUGUUCUACAAGUGGUGCUUCCAAUAGUGCCAUCUUCACCAAUGCUAGGGUACUGUUUGUUAGCUCGAGGCGUGGCCAGAUGCCCCGGGUGCUCUCCCAUCUCCACAUCCACAAUCACACUCCCAUCCCUGCCCUCUUCUUUGUUGCUACCAUCACCAUGGUGAUGUUCGUGACUUCAGACAUGAUAGUCCUCAUUAACUACCUCUCCUUCGCCACUAAUUUGCUAGAACUGGGGACCAUUGGAGCAUUCUUCUGGUUCCGCAUCAAGCAGCCAGACCGUCACAGACCAAUCAAGGUGUGGAUCGGCUUUCCCAUAAUAUACUUCAUAGUCUCUGUGUUCCUGACGGUGCUUCCAGUGGUCUCUCAACCACUGGAGGUGAUGAUGGCAGUGGUCAUCAUCGUCACGGGUCUUCCAGUCUACUACUUCACCAUCCACAGACAGAAGAAACCGCAAAAGUUGCUCCAGGCAAUGGACAAAGUUGCAUACCUGUGUCAGCUGCUGUUCCUUACAGUGCCGGAGAAGACUGUGUGAGGACUUGUGAGCUGCUACACAAACUUUCGUUGUUGCGCAGUGGAAACGGACAAGAUUAUUGUACAGUAGAUUCAGCAGUUUGAGACCGUGUGCUUAAUAAUUUUAACCUGGACCAGUUUCCAGUGGAUGGUAGUCUUUUUAACGUUGCAAUGCUGUUUUUCAUAGCCAAACUACACUGUUAGAAGAGUUUUCUAGGCUACAACACACCCUGUAAGGCAGGGUUGUGAUGGGUAGCUUCCCGGUAACUUCACACUUACCCGCCUGUGCAAGAUUUUUUAGUUUAAAAAAAUUAGGCCAGACCUGGCACCAUUUCAUCAAGGUAUUCAAAACAAAUCUGAAGAUAUUUCUUAUAUUUUUUUUGUAAAAUGUUUCUCUUCAUGCUUCUUGACUGUUCCAGUGUGUGACAUUUUAUAUUGUUGGUGGCAGUUCCUCCUCUCUCAACGAACCUUCAGGCAUCUGAUGGGUCCUAAAUAACUCCCUCACUGCAACAGUAUAAUCUAGCUUUGUUUUGGGAUUUUAUUUUCAUUAAGAUUUAAGUAAUGUGCUUCACAUCAACAAAUUAACAGGUCACAUCCUGCUACAGUACCUACUUCCUUCAUUCUUCAAAUUCAUCCUUCCGACCACCAGCUUCCUUUCACUGUCAAGAAAGAACCUUAGGACAAUUGCUAAACCAAGCUAAGAAAGAUUGGAAGAUCUUAAGAAGGAAACAACAAUUGCUUUAUGAUCAUGUAGCUUCAUUAUCUGAAAAGCUCCAAGAAUCCGUCACCAAUGAAGGUGGAUAAACGAGGCAUUAAUUGUAGUUAAAGGUUUAAUGUUCGAUAAAUGAUGUAUUCAUGUAUUGUAACAUUAAUGUUCCUAUUACAACAAAAUAAUUUGAGACAUGGAUUUCCAGCAUUAUUGUUUACAUGAAAUAAAUGAUAAAUAUAAAUGAAGAACAAAUGAAUGACUAGUUUACCUCCACCGUUAUUUAUAUUAAUGAUGGUCAAUACCUUCACUACUAGAUCGAAGCACACUUCUUCAAGGGGGACUUCUUGAAGCGGUGAAGAGGCUUUUAGUCUUAGAAAUUGUACUUUUUUGGUCUUUUUACUCCGACUGAACUUUAUAAUCCUCAUUCCAAACUUCCCUGCCCCAUCCUUCCCAUCCCUUCUCUCCCAUUCUUCCUUUCCUCAUCCCUUCCCUUUCUAUCCUCUUCUGCUUUUGGCUGUUGGGGUUUUUCCUUCUGAAGUUCUAGCUUAGGUUUGAAAGGGUGUUGUUGUCCGUCCCAUUCCACUGAGGUCCUUGGUGGCUGUGAAGGCUUACUCAGCCCUGUAACAACUUCAGACAGUAUUACCAAGGCUGGCUCCUCCUCAGGAAAAUUAAUGAAUAGAAAAAGAACAAAAACUGACAAACAUAAACACUUUAUUAUUUAGAAAAUUUAAAAUAUAAAAUACUUAAAU